AUGAUAAAGCAGAGGUUAAUGAUUAUUGACGAUAAAACAGAGUUUUUAUUCAUAGGAACGAGAAAGCAACUAACUGAGAUUGAUACUUCGUGUAGUAUUAAUGUUGGUGAACGCGACAUUGAUCCAGGUCUGUGUGCUAGAAAUCUCGGCGUGUGGUUUGAUAGUCAGUUAAACAUAUCAACACAUGUUACUAAACUUUGUAAUGCAGCCUUUUAUCAUUUACAUAACAUUAGGUGAAUUAAGAAGUAUUUAUCUCGUAAUUCUUUGGUGACACUUAUUCAUGCAUUUAUUAUUUUGUCGCUUAGACUGUGGUGUUUGUAUGGUUACUUAAAUUAAAGAUCUUAAAAUUACAACGUAUUCAAAACGCAGCGGCGAGACUUUCUAUGACCAUUGGUAGGCAUUUCCAUUUUACACCAGCGCGUCAUGAUCUUCACUGGUUCCCAGUACGCGCUCGUAUUCGUUUUAACAUAUCAGUCUUAGCUUUUAAGGAAAUUCAUGGUUGGUGCCACUAUAUAUUAGUGAUUGAAUAACGGCACCUUGUUACUGGAGCCGCUUAAGGAAAAAAAAAUGCUUUCAACUCUGGAGUAGUUUGCUCGCUGAAUUGCGUGCUAUCCCAUCAGUGACAAUUUUUAAACCCAAUCUUCAAACCUACCUUUUC